UUCAGUUACAAAAAAUGCAUUUAACAAAAUGAAGGUUCUGCUGUUUCUAUACUUCUUGGCCGUGGUCAAAACAGAGGAAUUUAUAACAAUGCGACUAAAUGAUAUUGCUGAAAAAUACCGUCACCAAUCCUGGGGUAAUGGUGAAUUCUCCACUUGGGUCGAAAGAGUCUACUACGCUGGUAAAAAACCAAAGGGUAAUAAAGAAGAGAAAAAAAAGGUACUAGAUGCGUUCAUGCAAUACGAUACCCAACGUCAAUAUUUGGAGGACAAAAUAACCGAUCGGAUAAACGAAAUCGAAAGCCUUAUUCCCAAUAGACAGCUAUCACAAGUCUGUGUUACGGAUUACCAAGCCCAGAAAAGUCGUCUCCAAAGAGCCUAUAAGUUUUCGAAUAGUGAAAAGCAGAGAAUCAUAGAUGCAAACUCUAACAUUGUACUGCCCAAGAUGCUCCGCCACCACCUCCACCUCCACCUCCACCUGCAGAAACAAAAGAAGUUGAAGUCCGAUACGUCUAUGAAAAAAGGCGAGUUUUUGAUUUUUGGUAUUGGUUUUGGUGGGGUUAAUUUAUAAUAAUUCAAUCAGAAAUCGAAUGCAUGUUUCAUUUCAGCUAUGUUUUUUAUGCGAUUUGUAACAAGAAAAGGUUUAAUAAAGUCUUAAAAGGAAUCAGCAAUAAAUCAA